AUGGCAAAGAACAUCGAAGAUUCAUACGUAGCCUUCGCCCUCAAUUCACUACUUUCAGAGGCUCAUUCUUCGCUUCCUAAAGCUAACAAAGAAUCUCAAAAACGACCUGUUAGUCAAGAUAUUCCUUAUGUCACUACCAAUAGCCCUCAUUCGAAAUCUGAUGAAAGCAUCAAUUCUCACUCAACUUCAGCUUCCGAAUCUACCAUUUCUCUCACGGACAAUAUACGCUAUAAUCGAUAUUUGGUCAAUAAUGCCGGAUCUUUUUACGUUCAUAUGCAACACAUAUUAAAUUCUAAUUCACCUCUUCAUCAAACAUGGUUAACAACAGAUAAAAAUUUCUCCAUUAAAGAUUAUAUCAUACGCCAGGAUGGAUCCUCUAAUAAAUCAGGAGCUUUUGACGCUUCAAAAAACCAGCUUGAUGAUGAAAAUAUUCCUGAUAGUUAUGUAGGCUUUUUCAUUUACUCGCCUUUUUCACAUCUACAAUUCCUCUUUAAAACUUACCUCUUUUCUUCUAUAUUCACAGCAGAAGCUUUAGCCAUACUUCAUAAUCUAGAAUAUAUCUUAACCAACUCUAUCUCCAAAUCCGUAAUCUUUACCAACUCCAAAAGUGUUAUCGAAGCUCUUCUCUCUAUCAAUCUGGCUCACUCACUCAAUCACAUUAUCUUUGUUAUCAAACAAAAACUCUACGAGAUAAAAUCUGUGGAAUUUGAAAACUCCAUCGUAUGGAUUCUAGCGCACUCAGGCAUUCUUGGAAAUGAAACGGCAGACUAUUUAACGAAAAAAGCUAUUUCCAAAGGCCAGAUAUCUCCAAAAUUCUUCCCACAUUCUGACUUCUACUCUAUUUCUCGGAAGAAAUACAAUGAUGACACAGUUAAAUUCCUCAAGAACCAAGGCAACCAAGUAAAGGUAAAGAUCCCUCUUGCUCAUAUGGAUCAUCUAGACAAGACGCAGACCACAUCUUUUGGAGUUGCCCACUACACGCACAAAGAAAGUUGCUUUUAACUCAGCUGACAAAAUACAAGAAAAUUCCACCAUUCGUGAUUCAGGAGUUUCUGAGGAAUCCUUCCUUUGAGAUUAUUUACGUUCUUUACUUUUUUCUUAAAUCCUCUAACCUUAACAUAUAAUUUCACUUUCUUUCCUGUUGUUUUCCUAUUUCCUACUUUUACUCUCGCUAACUAGUUGUUGGCCGGAAUGUCUUGAUCAUAUCCAGAUCGGACAUGACCAUUUAAAAAAGAAGAAGAAGAAGAUAUCUUCGAUUAGAAAUCAUGAAAUACGCUUUCGAUCUCUUGCAUUCGUUGAUUCUGUAUGCCAUAAGCGUCCCAGAUAGUCAAGUCUGUUUAAACAGAUUUUGUCAAACGUCUGCUACAAAUUUUUGUUAGCAGAAAGACCGCAGACUCUAUACCAAAUCUGUUAUAUUAAAUAAUGAUAGCAGAACAUCAGCAGAAAUAUUACAAAAUCUGCUGACAUAAUUUGACAACAGAUCAGUAGCAGAAAUCAAGCAGAAUUUGUACAGAAUUAUCAUAGCAGAUUGGCAGCAGAAAUUGAACAGGAUUGCGCAAUGCAAUUUGAUGUCAGAUUGGCAGCAGAAAUCGAGCAAGUCUGCGCGUACGCAUUUUGAUGGCAUAUAACAGAAAUCGAGCAGGAUUUGCUAACAUGACAUAAUAUCAGAUUAGCGGCAAAAACCAAGUAAGAUUUGCGCACAAUCUGACAAUAAAUUAGCAGCAGAAAUCGAGCAGAAUUUGUAAUAAUUUAUUAAAAUAGUAGUUUAUUUGUUUACCGCUAUGCGACACACUAUUCAUUUUCUGUACUCGUAUUUAAGUUCUUGUCAUGAGCGCAUAUGAAGCCUGCAAAAUGCGGCUAAUAACAUAUAAUUAUUUCUAUCAGUUCAAUUUUUUAUACGAUUUCCAUAUAGGGAAUUCAGAUUGAAUUGAUUUUUGGAAAAUCGGACAGAUAAAGGUCCGAUUUCAUUUAUUCGGACAAUUUUUGUCUAAAUAAGCAAAAUUAUUCAGUUAUUAUUUAUAAAAUAGAAAUUUAAGAUAUAAAAUAGAAUUUCCAUUAAAUAAAAUCUUUUAUUGUAUAAAUUAAAUUAUUUAAAUUUUCCUAUAUUUAUUAUAUUAAUAUUAUAUAUUUAUAUAUUAUUAAUACAAAAAACAGAAAAUGACGUCCCGUGAAUAUGAUAUAUUGACUAUUGACAUCAUUUUCAUGAAACUUAAUUUAGAAUGUUUAAUUAUUUAUGUUAUUUGUGACCAAAAUUUAUUGUCAUUUUGUUACUUGAAAUUCUUUAAAUGUUUAAAUCUAUUUAAAUGUAUCAUGUCUAUUUUAUAUAAAUGUCUAGGAGCUGCAGAAUCUGCUCGAUUUCUGAUGUCAAUCUGUCAGCAGAUUAGAUUCGGUUUCUGUCGUCAAUCUGUCGCCAAGUUAUGUCAACAAAGUCUGUUUAAAUUUUUCCGCCAAUGUCGACUUAUUAUAUUAGCAGAUUCUGCCGGCAAAACAUUUGCUAAACACAGUUAAUGUCAGUUUGCUAAUAGAUUUUGAUUAAAUCUGUUAUCAAUCUGCCGUCAUACUGCUAAUAUUUUGCUUAAAGGAGUAGUAGGUCUUCAACUAGUGCCAACAUUUGCUCCUUUUAUUGCUUUAUAGCUACACUUCCUUUUUCUUAUAUUCAUCAUAUUGAUUCCGUGCUUCUUUUAAUGCUAUUAAAACUUCGUUUCAACGGUUUUCCAAAGUUGCAGCUACUAGGCGAUUCGAUGGAUCCAUUUCUUCAUAACGUCUCUGUGCUAAUUGUACUUCUUAAUCUGCUCUUUUUAUUUACAUUUGUUAUUCUACGUUUACAUCCAGCGACCUGAUUGCGGCCUGACUUAUAUUGUGAUCCAAAGUAAGUCUAGUCAUCAACCGUUUACACCGAAAAAGAUUUAAGAAUUGCCGGGAUUAUAUUCCACGCUACUCCGAUUUAACCUUAUUUAACUUUUGAUAGCUUAAUAAAACAAUAGCGAUCAAAUAAGCUUUUAGGUCGCAUUGCUCACGCCGAAAAAACAGACGCCCUAUUUCAGGCCAGGUUACUAAAAUUUGAAGUCUGAUCUGAAGUUAGGUCGGGUCGCCUAUUAAAUGUUUACAGCAGGCGGCCUAAAUAAUUUAAGUCAAAUUUGAGGUAUAGACCGCGGUCUUAAUGCUGGAUAUAAACGUCAUUGUCUAUCUAGCAUGACCUAGAGUGACCUCGUUAUUUCAGUUCUUCAAAUGCUUUUACGGCAACCUCAAUUUACGCAGGUUCCAUGACUUCUAAUUUCUUUUUACAAUAGUUUUAUCCAAAGGAUUUCCAUAAACAAAAAAAAACAGUUUUUACUAUUUGCUUUUCAUUUUUUUUCCAGUUAUAUUCAUAGGGUACAAAAAUACCAUUUUUUUCCUUUAUAUUUUAUACUAUAUUCGCUAUCCUCUUUUCACAUAUGUCUUAUUUAUUACAUAGUUUAAUUCAAGGUAGAAGAACGAGUAAUUUCUGGCAAUACUGUUAAUGAAUCAGAUGAACUGUUAGGAUAAGAUUUAUAACAAAGCGAUGACGAACUGAAUUAUUUGUACUUGUGAAAGAUGGACUAUUGUCAGUUUUAUUUUCUUGAUUACUAAUAUAAUGAGAUAUUUAACAAAUUUUUCAUGUUUUAGUUAACUGAAGAAUAUUCUUACAAACUCUUAACAGACAGAAAAUACAGUUAGAUAAAUGUACAAAAUGAUA